AUGUCCACUCGACCGCCCAUUGCCCCUAAAAUCCACAUGAGCCCCAUUCAGCCCACACACGACCAGGUUCCUGUGCUCUAUGUCAUUGUUGUCUAUGCUGUGAUCCUGUUCGCCUUGUGGAAUAUCCCCGGAGCGCGUGUUGUCAUUAAUCCACUCAAGCUGUUCGCCAUAGGAUGGCACGAGAUGUGCCAUGCAAUAGUCGCAGUGUUGACAGGAGGUUCAGUCACCAAGAUGACUAUAGACCCUAUCAUGGGGGGAUGUACACAGGUCGAUGGCGGCCAUCCCCUAAGCAUCCUCUCCGCCGGGUAUAUCGGUUCCACCCUCCUCGGUGCCAUCUUCGUUCUAGGCGGGUUCGACACUCUGGUCGCAAAGAUUCUCAGCUUCGUUGCUGGCGUGGGUAUAAUCGCACCUUUGGCAUUAGUGCGGGACAAAUUGCGCGUACAGACGAUCCUCUUGACGCUCAUCUACGAGGCGCUGCUCAUCGGAUUCUGGUUCAUCGAUCAUGGGCAGGCUCUGAGGUGGUAUAUCUUAUUUUUGGGGAUCAAUCAUAUAUUCUAUGCCGUUUGGGACGUCACGGACGAUAAAUUUUUCCGAAAGCCAAACGAAUCCGACGCGACCCAGUUUUCUUUGCUAUAUCCAAAGGUCCCACCGCAUGUGUGGGCAAUAUUCUGGAUAUCGUUCCAAGUGGCCGUGCUCAUCGCCUUUGUGCUCAUCGGGAUCGCCUCGUUCAAGCGCACGACAGACCAGAUGUAUCUCGAGGCUUCGCACUUCCUCCCGACGUGA